UUAUGACUGUUAUUAACAUUGUACUUCAUAUUGCUUUCGUUGUAAAUAGUCGUACAUUAUAUUCGUUCAUCGUAUAUAAUUACCACGUGUUACAAUUAAUACAUUAAUUUCCAAAGAUGAAGAGAUCACCAUUAAAUACUCCACAUGGUAAUCGGACAUACGGUGCAAGGCAUACGCCGUACAAUUGGAAAUUACAAUACGAAAACGCGAACAAUAGAGGUUAUCAAUCUAUUAAUAAUAGUUAUCAGCGUUUUUCUCCGAACAAUGAUCUACAGCCUUGCGGGGAUAAUUUUAUUCCUCUAAAUGUUAGCACGCCGGUGACACCGCACGAAAAGCACAAUACUAAUCGGUGUAGCCCUGCGAAUGGACGUAAUAGCGCCAGUCCAGGUAGCGGGUGGUAUAAUCAGAGGAAUAACUAUCAUGCUACUUCAAGAGUAAAUUCUAAUAAUCGGUAUUCUACUUACAAGCAUUCUGGCAAUCAGUUUCAUGGGCAAAAAAGAAAGGGUUAUAAAGGAAUACAUAAGCAAAUAAACAUAUCAGCAUACAUAGAUAUAAAUUCCUUUUUAGAAGACCCUUGGGAAGAUCUAGUCAAAAAAUUUAAUACAAAAGAAAUAAACAAAAGUGAGAUAUCUAAGAAUAAAUCUCUAUAUAGUUUAAAAUUGACAAAUAAUGAUUUUGUAGAAAAAUCUGAAAGCAAAUUUUCAAAAGAUAUAAAUUUGGAUGAUUCACGGUGCAGUCAAGAGUCUAAAAGUGAUGAGACUUGUGUAGAUAUAAGUUUGGAGACAGAAAAUACAGAUCUAAGUCAAAUAUCGAAUAAUUCAGUAAAUUUGGAAACUGACGAUAUUUGCUCCAGUCAAGAUUCAUUAAAUGAAAGUACAUGCAGUAUUAAUAGCAAGAUUUAUGGAGUCAUAGAGGAGAAGAAUAAUACUCAUUCAAAUACAUUAUUGACAAAUACUGAUCAGAAAAAUAUAUAACAGUAAUAAAAAUUAAUUAUAUUGUGAAGGGAUAUAUUGAACAAAAAUAUAUGUAAUAAUUGUUACUAUACACAUUCACGAUUUGUAUAUAGACAUUGUAUAUAAGUGUAGCAGCAUAAAAAAUUUUUUGAAAUGCAUUUUUUUGGAAACAGAGUUGUGAAAUUACAUUCAAAAUAUAUGUGAGAUGUACAACAUGCUAAUAUUAUCUUGCAGAUUAUAUAUUUUCACAAUUUGGCUGUGAAAAAAUGUAUAAAAUUUAUAUUAUAGACUUAUAUAGUUAUAUGUGCAAUUUUGUAGUACAUAUGAGUCCACUAAGGAUAUAAGAACUUGAAGAAACAAUAAACACCAAUUUCUGAUUUCUUUAGUCUCAGUAAAGACUUUUGAGACAAUUAAUUAUGUUAUAAAAACAUAUAUGAGACUGGAAAUUUUUUUCCA